CUCCAUUGCGCGCAGAGACAGACCAGAAUCCAAAUUGGACAGCGACCCGAGGCGCAUCUUGAGCUGCUUCAUCUGUUCCAUUUUCGUUUUUGGGUGGAAAGUUCGCCUGCUGUCUCCAUUGGCAGGCACUUUUGGUAAUUGCAGUAGUGGAGUCUCAUAUUGAAAACACAAAUGGCCUGUUUGUUUAGUUUUCCAUCAACAGGACUCCAGAAAUUUGGAUUGAGUCCUCAAAGCAGAGUUUCACAUGCGAAAUACGGAGUUUUUACUUUGAGAUCCUCACCUAAAGCUUUUCGUGUCCGAGCUGUGCAAGAGAAUGGAGGAUCCCGCAGACUAGUUGAUAUAAUAAGAACUGUGCCAGAGAUCUCCAGGAACUACUUUCGAAGUCCAUCUCGUAGAGCUCUCUUUGGGGGAAUAUCUUUGUUGGGUGGUUUUUAUGUUGCACAAACUAUAUCUCUGUCAUUUGGAGCUUUAGGGGUCAAUGAUGUUAUUGCUGCAGUUGUGUGUGUUCUCCUGACAGAAUAUGUAACCAAAUUUUAUUACAGCAGACCAAAAGUAACAUUUCCUAUCGCUCUUCUCAACAAUUUCAAGAUGGGAUUCACUUAUGGGCUGUUCAUAGAUGCUUUUAAGCUUGCCAGUUAAUGCCAAACUAAAAUGGUAUUGAUCAAGGCCUUUUUUUGGCAAUGUAAGGUACAUUAUCCCUUUAUGUUGAUAUUUAGAUCAGAAGAUGCAUU